AACCCUUCUCGUCCAGUAGAGGGCGCACUCGCCUUGAUAAUUGGCGUCGUACAGCCCACGUUUGAGGUGAUGUCUUACGGUUGCCAGCGUGUUUGGCAAUUACCUUCAACUGCCGGUCGAAGUGAGCAGUGGGAAGCAACCUGUGUAGGGACACUGAGGCAGCGUUGGCUCGAGACAGAGGAAAUGACAUAAUGACCCUCUGAAGUUCCUGCCUACGUUCCAGCGCUCUUCGAGCAGCGUCUUAUGCCGGGGUGUGGUCUCAUAUUCCGCUCACCAGCGCUGGAAUCUCUUCUGCCCAACUUAAACAUCCUCAAGACUCACAUCUCUCGCGCGCUCUCCAGUUAGCUCCAUGCGAUGAGACGGAUCCUCUGCUACUAACCGCGCAAGGGGAAAAAAAGAGGAUAUAGCGGAGACUGGGGACGUCAAGACUGCAUGAUAAGGAUGGGAAUUGUUCAAGUGCUAAAAACUCAGUUGCUGUGCCAUCUCAUUAUCUGUUACGUGUUCCUAGUCAGUGGAUUCAUUAUCAACCUGCUGCAGCUCUGUACUCUACCACUGUGGCCCUUUAACAAGCAGCUCGCACGCAAGAUCAACUGCAGAUUGGGUUAUUCCAUUUCUAGCCAACUGGUGGCAUUGUUGGAGUGGUGGUCUGGGACAGAAUGCACACUUUACACAGAUCCAGAAAGCUAUAAACUUUAUGGCAAAGAGAAUGCCAUUGUUGUCCUUAAUCAUAAUUUUGAGAUCGAUUUCAUGACAGGCUGGACCUUCUGUGAGAGAUUUGGCGUUUUAGGAAGCUCAAAGGUGUUGGCAAAGGAACUUUCCUUUGUUCCUGUGAUCGGCUGGAUGUGGUACUUCCUAGAGAUCGUCUUCUGCAAGAGGAAAUGGGAAGAGGAUCGCAAGACAGUAGUGCAAAGUCUGCACAACCUUCGGGAUUACCCAGAAAACUUUUGGUUCCUGUUGCACUGUGAGGGCACACGCUUCACAGAAAAGAAGCACAAGAUUAGUAUGGAGGUGGCAGAGAAGAAAGGUCUCCCCAAACUCAAGUACCACCUUCUACCUCGGACCAAGGGCUUUUGUGUCACGGUCCAGAACCUCAGAGGAAAAGUUACUGCUGUGUACGAUUCUACACUUAAUUUCAGAAACAACGAAAUGCCAACUUUACUAGGGGUACUCAACGGGAAAAAGUACCAUGCUGAUUUAUAUGUGAGGCGAAUUCCUCUGGACACGAUCCCAGAGGACGAGUCUGAAUGUGCCGUCUGGCUUCACAAACUCUACCAGGAAAAGUAAGAUGAAUUCCAAGAGCAUUAUAGACAGACAGGGCGUUUUCCGGGUCCCAUUACAAGCCCUCCGCGUCGACCUUGGUCCCUGCUGAACUGGCUCUUCUGGGUUUGUUUGCUGGUCUACCCUCUCUGCAUGUUACUUCUGCAGUUGCUGCUAUCAGGAUCCACCUUCACUGUCGUCUGUACAUCGCUCUUCUGUCUAGCAGUGUCAGUUGGUAUCCGCUGGAUGAUCGGACAGACUGAAAUUGACAAGGGUUCCAACUACGAAAUAAAGAGAUGCAAAUGA